CCACCCCUGGCUCUCCUCCCCGGGCAUUCAGAAAGAGAAUUAUUUCCGCCUGGUGGAAGUAGAAAUCAAGAAUGAAAACUAAGAAAGGUAUUGUUCCGGUAUCAGGCAGUGAGACUGAGGAUGAUGACAACAUGGAUAUUCCCCUGGACCUUUCCUCUUCAGCAGGCUCAGGCAAGAGGAGAAGACGGGGUAAUCUACCCAAAGAAUCUGUACAGAUUCUCCGGGACUGGCUCUAUGAACAUCGAUUUAAUGCUUAUCCUUCAGAGCAAGAAAAAGCUUUACUAUCCCAGCAAACACACCUAUCCACACUACAGGUCUGCAACUGGUUCAUCAAUGCACGCCGCAGGCUUCUCCCUGACAUGCUGAGAAAAGAUGGCAAGGAUCCAAAUCACUACACUAUUUCCCGCCGAGGGGCCAAGAUUUCUGAGGCUAACUCUGUGGAGUCUGCCAUGGGCAUCAAAAACUUCAUUCCAGCUUUAGAUGAGAGCUCAUUUCAUGCCUGUACAACUGGACCAAACCAGACCUUAGGAAGACCACUGUCUCCUAAGCCCCCAUCCCCAGGAUCGAUAUUGGCCCGGCCCUCGGUGAUUUGCCAUACCACGGUGACUGCAUUGAAAGAUGCCCCUUUCCAUCUAUGCCAGUCAGUCAGUGUCGGACAGAACACAGACAUGCAGCAGAUACCAGCCAACGGUUUCACAGACACCUCUCUCCUGUACUCAGAGGACACGGGUAAAUCUGGACCAAGUGCAAAUACCCAGAGUGGGCUUUUCAACACUCCCCCCCCAACCCCACCAGACCUCAACCAAGAUUUUAGUGGAUUUCAGCUCCUAGUGGAUGUUGCCCUCAAAAGGGCAGCUGAGAUGGAGCUUCAGGCAAAACUGAUGGCCUAACCCUCUUUUCAAGCAGCAGAAUUCUCAGAAAAUGUUUGUUAUGGUUGCCUGAGUGAUGUCAAAAGACUAAUGACUGCAUUAUUUUAUAUAUGUUUUUUUAUUAAUAUUUGCACAAAGGAUUGCUGAAAUGAAGCUUCCUGUUACUGAGAUGUCUUCAAUGGAAUAUAGUCAUUCCAAGAACUGUAAACUUAAAAGCUACUGUAGAAACAAAGGGUUUUCUUUUUUUAAAUGUUUCUUGGUAGAUUAUUCAUAAUGUGAGAUGUUUCCCAAGAUCAUGUGAUUUUUUUUUUAUUCCCCUUCUCCCUUUAUUUUUGUUAUUUCUUUCAGACUGUGCAAUACUUAGUAAAGCUAUAGUCUUCUUCUCAUUCCCAUGUGGAACAGGAUGCUGACAUACUGUCAAUUUUUUUAAGCAAGUAUGAACUUAGUUGAUUGGUGUUGCCUUUUUCAUGAUGUAAUAAAAUAUUUUCUUUAAAAGUGA